CUUCCUCUCCACAGAGUACUCUCUCGCAUCGCACGCCACCGCCGCCCAGCGCCGCCCAAGCCGCCUCCGUCCAUCUGGCCGCGCCGCCGAGGACGAGCACGCCCGCCCAGCUUCCACCGGUGCUUAGCCGCCUCGAAUUCCAAUCUACUACUAGUAGGCUCCCUCCCCCUCCGCUCUAUCGCGAUGGCUUCGAGUGGGGAUGCACCCGGAUCUACUGAUGAGAACAAAACCCCAAAACCAGAAGGAUCAUCCAACGAGCGCCAAGGGGUUCCUCCAGCCAGCUUUUCGAAUCCUUUCGACUUUGCUUCUAUGCAGAGUUUGCUCAAUGAUCCAUCUAUUAAGGAGAUGGCAGAUCAAAUUGCGAAGGAUCCUGCAUUCAACCAGAUGGCUGAGCAGCUACAGAAAGGCGCUCAGAGUACAGGAGAACAGGGAAUGCCUCCAUUGGACCCUCAACAGUACAUGGAAACAAUGCAAAAGGUCAUGGAAAACCCCCAGUUUAUGACAAUGGCUGAGCGUCUGGGGAAUGCUCUUAUGCAGGAUCCUGCUAUGUCCAGUAUGCUGGAAACCUUUAGUAGUCCAUCACACAAGGAGCAGCUGGAAGAGCGUAUGUCCCGCAUUAAGGAAGAUCCAGCUUUGAAAUCAAUUCUCGAUGAGUUAGAGAAUGGGGGUCCUGCUGCAAUGAUGAAGUACUGGAACGACCCUGAUACUCUUCAAAAGAUUGGCCAGGCAAUGGGAGGUGGCUUCCCAUUUGGUGCUGGUUCUUCUGCUGAACCUUCUGGUGCUGAAGAAACUGAGGAAGGUGGAGAUGAAGAUGAAUCCAUCGUCCAUCACACAGCCAGUGUUGGUGAUGAUGAGGGUCUGAAGAAGGCACUGGAUGGUGGAGCAGACAAGGAUGAAGAAGACUCCGAGGGAAGAAGGGCCUUACAUUUUGCAUGUGGAUAUGGUGAGUUGAAGUGCGCCCAAGUCCUUCUUGAGGCUGGUGCAGCAGUGGACGCUUUGGACAAGAACAAGAACACCCCGCUGCAUUACGCUGCUGGCUAUGGGCGCAAGGAGUGUGUCGAUCUUCUCUUGAAGCAUGGUGCUGCCGUCACGCUCCAAAACCUGGAUGGGAAGACGCCCAUUGACGUCGCCAAGCUCAACAACCAGGACGAGGUCCUCAAGUUGCUCGAGAAGGACGCCUUCCUUUAAAUCCCAUGGCUCUCCUAGACACAUAGACAGUUGGUUCCAGUAUGGUCAUGUUUCACAUCUGUUGUCUUUGCUUUGCUCGGAUGGUCAAUACUCGUGUCAGCAUUUAUCUGUUCUGUAAGAUUUGCUAUCUGGUCUAGCUGGCUGCUAGCCUGCUGCGAUUCGUGAUACAGUGAAGGGGGGCGGCUAUUAGAACUACUGCCCUGUUAUGUUGUCACGGUGGCUUGUGUACCCCCUUCUUUAUUUCUGUUAUCUUCACCAUAGAAAUCGGGAUUUGUUAAUAUUACUCGCUGUUAUAUAUGUUUCA